CUAAAGCAGAAGGGAUGGCAUUGUGGGCAACUCUCACCCUGGCAUUCACAUGCCUGGUAGUGGCACAAGCUAAAACGCUUGGCAUAGUUCACACAGAGGGCGGAUUUGUUGAAGGAACCAAUAAGAAGAUUGGGAUUCUCUUCCCUGACUACAUUGAUAUUUUCAAAGGUAUCCCCUUUGCUGCUCCUCCCAAGCCCUUUGAAAAAGCAGAGAAACAUCCGGGAUGGUCAGGCACCCUGAAAACUGAAGACUACAAGCCGCGCUGUUUGCAAGCCACCAUCACCCAAAACAAUGUCUUUGGAAGUGUCGAUUGUCUCUAUCUGAACAUUUGGGUACCUCAGACCCGCUCUGCAGUGUCCACAAAACUCCCGGUCAUGAUCUGGAUCUUUGGAGGGGGUUUUUUACUUGGCAGUGGUCAAGGAGCCAACUUCUUAAACAACUACCUUUAUGACGGUGAAGAAAUUGCCAUACGUGGCAAGGUCAUCGUAGUGACCUUCAACUACCGCGUGGGACCGUUGGGAUUUCUCAGCACCGGCGACUCCAAUGCACCUGGUAACUAUGGACUGUGGGAUCAGCACAUGGCCAUCUCCUGGGUGAAGAGGAACAUUGCAGCGUUUGGCGGGGACCCAAACAACAUCACCCUAUUCGGAGAGUCCGCUGGAGGUGCCAGUGUUUCUCUGCAGACUUUAACACCUUACAACGUGGGACUGAUUCAGCGGGCCAUCAGCCAGAGUGGGGUGGGACUGUGCCCAUGGGCCAUUCAGAGGGACCCUCUCAUAUGGGCCAAAUCGCUCGCCUCCAAGGUUGGGUGCCCUGUGAAUAAUACGGCUGAGCUGGCAAACUGCUUGCGAAACACAGACCCUGGUGCCCUCACCAUAGCCUAUCAGCUGCAACUCUUCAAUCUUGAAUAUCCUUUAGUCCAUUACUUGGCCUACUCGCCGGUCAUAGACGGAGACUUCAUCCCCGAUGAGCCGAGGAACCUAUUCUCUAAUGCAGCUGGGGUAGACUACAUCGCAGGAGUAAACAACAUGGAUGGACACCUAUUUGCCGGGGUUGAUAUGCCUGUUAUAAACCAGCCUCUCCAUAAAAUCAGCGCUGAACAGGUACAGAAAGUGGUGCAGGGCUUGACCCUAGCCAAAGGCUCCCCAGCACUAGACAUUGCAUACAAUCUCUACUCUGCUGGCUGGGGGGCCAAUCCCAGUCAAGAGGAUAUGAAGAGGACGGUGGUUGAAGUGGAAACAGACUAUGUCUUCCUGGCUGCCACUCAGGAGGCUCUGGCCCUACAUUUCCAGAAUGCCAAGGGCGCCAAGACAUACAGUUAUUUGUUUAGCCACCCCACCCGCAUGCCUGUUUACCCCAACUGGGUGGGGGCUGACCACGCCGAUGACCUGCAGUAUAUGUUUGGGAAACCAUUUGCCACCCCGCUGGCUUACAGACCCAAAGACAGAGAUGUGGCCCAGUUCAUGAUCGCUUAUUGGACCAACUUUGCAGCGACUGGAGACCCCAACACGGGCGAAUCCAGCGUCCCUACCCCCUGGCUGGCCUACUCAACUGAGAACGGGCAAUACCUUGAAAUCACCAACAAGAUAAACUACCAAUCCAUGAAGCAGAGCCUGCGUUCCCCAUACGUCAAAUUCUGGGCACAAACAUAUACGGAUUUGCCAAGUGUAUAACUGGUUAAAAUGGCUACUUAUUAAAGAUUUGUUUUUUUUUGUUGGUGGCUUUAAA